GCAAAUGCACGAGCACUCACACAAAGGUGCCAAUGUUGAAAGAUGAGCGUUACACGCAUGCUGUAAUACGUUAAAAAACAUUGUUCGAUAUCUGCAGAGGUUGUAAAGCGCUAUGUUGUGUGCCUGCGUGGUGCUGACCCGAUGGUCCGAUGGCACAUGGAGAGGGGUCUGGACUGGGCCAUCUCAUCAGUGGCGGGUGAGAGCUACGAAGUGGAAGUGGACCUGACCGACGCAUUGAACACGUGGGCAGCCCGCAACGUCGCUGGAACCAGACCGCAGUGGCUUGACGCCUCCUUCACGUUAAAGUACCACUCGGAUGCACUCUUUGACUUCCCGCACUGGCUGGGUUUUAGCAAGAGGAAGUUUAAGUUGGAGCUGUCCUGAGUGGCGGC